AUGCUAAACCGUACGAAAACGACGAUAACUAAAAAGGAAUGCGUAGAUCACGUACAAAAACGCAUGGGCACCCACCUCUGUAAUUUGAAGAAAUGCACAAAAGGCUUGGGAGGAAAAGGGAAAUUGACAGGCAAACUGAUCGACGAACUGUCAAUAUAUUUCGGGUUAGCUAUUCGUAGAAAUUUCGAAUCAGUCGAAAAAAUGAAGACAGCUAUAUGGGUCACAUUACUUCACAAAAUAUCUACGGAUAACCAUCCCCAACACGACGAUUGCCCGACUGGAGAAAAUUCAUGGUGCUCGUGGCAAAGGGCGAAAUCUUCUAACACUUUGGCUACCUAUACGCACAAAUCACCAAUGUCUGAUAUAGUUUAUGAAGCAAUUAAGCCAGUUUACGAACAACUCACUACGGAUGAUCUUCUCACUCGCUGCAUCGGGGGUUUCACUCAAAACAGCAAUGAGAGCUUCAACUCGACAGUGUGGGUGAUGGCUCCGAAAACUAUGAAUUCCGGCAAAAUAAUCAUCGACAUUGCUACGAACAUCGCUUCGUGUGUUUUUAAUGACGGAUUAAUAUCAAUUUUACAUAUAAUCCAGGUCAUGGGCAUGAAAAUUGGCCCAAAAAGUCACGAACUAUGCAUGGACUUGGAUGAGAAACGCAUACAGAAAGCGGAACGAUCUUUGAGUGAGGGCGCAAAACAGACCCGCAUCGAUCUGAAAACAAUUCAAAAAGCCAAACAAGAGCAGGAGAUAGAUGAAGAAGGCCAAUUGUCAAAAAUUAAGGACUCUAGAUGUCCGCCCAUGGUCCCUCCUUCAAAAAUAGGCGCCAUCGGACAAGUACGGCACAGCCGCCAUUUUGUACCAAAAAUGCAUUUUGACGGCCGGAGCGCACAGAUCUUCCCCACCUCAAUCUUUUUUACAGAGAGAUAA